CGUAGAGUUCGGUUGGCGUCACCAUAUAUAAAGAUCACCGGGAGUUCCCGAAAAAUCACAUUCAGUAUCCUAAGCCGAACAAUGGUUAACAUGAGCUAUCACCAAUCUCAACUAAAAUAUAUACACAGUCCGAACCCAAGACAGUCGAGAAAGCGAAAUACUAAAAGAAAAAGGACUUGUUGGGACAAAUUAUCGCCAACGACGACCAAUUGCCAGACUUGAUCAUAAGAGUCUUUCAGAAGUCCUGGUCCAGCGCGUUCCAGCGUGUGGAAGACCCAUCGGUGUCGACUGAGUAACGGAGCGAAGGAUGACUGCCGAGUGGCUUCACCUGCCCCCUCCGUACCCCCCAGGUGUGGGACCGCUGUGUGGUGCAGAGUUGGAGGCGUGGUAUGAGGACCUGCAGGAUAUACUGGGAUCAGACGGGGGAGGAGCCAAACUGGCGCGUGCCCCUCCCUGCUCUGAGAAGGAGCCGGAGUUCCUAGAUGUUCUGGAGAGCUGUUCCCUGACAUGGCUGACAGACGGGGUGGGAGUGGGUGUCGGGGGCGAGGCGUGGGACGGAGGUGAGGGGGUCCAGAGGGUCACGAUCCCAGAGGAGCCUCCUACCCAUCCACCCCACCACACCUCCUCCAACAUCUCCCGUCCGAGUCCAGCUGAGGAAAGGGCGGAGAGGCAAGGGGACAGGGAGGGAGGGAGGGAUGGAGAAAGAGGUGGCUCAGGAGGAGGGGGCCUGUUGCCCCCAGAGUUCUUUGAGUUGCUGAACGAGGGAGGGGUGGGCAUGGUGGAGACGGGAGGGGUGGGCAUGGUGGAGACAGGAGGGAUCAUGGUGGAGACAGGAGGGGUCAUGGUGAGCGGUAGCCACCACCAUCAUCAUCAGCUUCAUCACUCCGACAAUGUCCAACAACCUGAGUCUCCCUCCACCAGCGAGGAGGAAAACACCUGUGUCCCCGACUCUCCCUCCUGCUCUUCCUCCUGCUCUUCCUCCGCCUCUCCGUCUACCUCUCUUAACUGCUCUCCUCCUUCCUCUCCUACUAGCACCUCGUUCUCCUCGUCUCGGCAGGACAAACGCAAGAGGGGCAACUCUCUGUCCUUCCCUUCCUCCGGCUCACACUCAUCCUCCUCUUCUGCAAAGACAAGCAGGAGAGAGAGGGAGCAGGAGAACGAGAGGAAGGUGCAGGAGCUGACAGAUCAGAACGAGAGGUUGAAAGCGGAGAUAGACAGACUGGGAGAGGAGGUGCAGAGGACACGCCGAGCCCUGAUAGAGAGACUAGUUAACACCAGGAAGUGAGGGAGGAAGGAAGUAACAAGGCAGAAAAUGAGCAUUUGGAAUAGCAGGUUGGCGGUGAAGGGUUUAACACGGUAGUGACUUUAAAAUGCAUUUUCUAGACAGCAUUAAGAGAGAAACCUUUUCUAGACAGCAUUAAGAGAGAAACCAAAAUAUAUGUUAAGAAGAAAGUUAAAUGAUAAUUUUCUGAAAAACUGUAUGAGAAAGUAAGAAGGAAAAAGGGGUAGAUAUAAAGAAAGAGCGAGCGAUGGAAGAGCAAGUCAAAGGAUCAGCACGGAGAGAGAACGGUGGCAGACAGAUGGACAUACAGGGUGUAAAGGUUCAGAUAUAGAUGGACAUACAGGGUGUAAAGGUCCAGAUAUAGAUGGACAUACAGGGUGUAAAGGUCCAGAUAUAGAUGGACAUACAGGGUGUAAAGGUCCAGAUAUAGAUGGACAUACAGGGUGUAAAGGUUCAGAUAUAGAUGGACAUACAGGGUGUAAAGGUCCAGAUAUAGAUGGACAUACAGGGUGUAAAGGUUCAGAUAUAGAUGGACAUACAGGGUGUAAAGGUUCAGAUAUAGAUGGACAUACAGGGUGUAAAGGUUCAGAUAUAGAUGGACAUACAGGGUGUAAAGGUUCAGAUAUAGAUGGACAUACAGGGUGUAAAGGUUCAGAUAUAGAUGGACAUACAGGACGAAAAGGUUCAGAUAUAGAUGGACAUACAGGGUGUAAAGGUCCAGAUAUAGAUGGACAUACAGGGUGUAAAGGUUCAGAUAUAGAUGGACAUACAGGGUGUAAAGGAGGAAAAGGUUCAGAAGGUGGAUGGGGUCAUGCUCUCUGUUGAGAGGUUACAGUGUACUGUAUCUACAUGUAGGCCCGGGCGUCUCAGGAAGCAUCUUUGAAAUAGAUGGGUUAACUAACGUCGAAUGAUUGGGCCGUUUAGGUUAUUCAGUCUAGCGCAGAGUUCAGUAUGAAGUACGGAUGGGUUAGAUUCAAUUAACCGAUUGGGGCCUUUGAUUCCAAAAAUGAAGGAAUUGAUUCGGAAGCAUCUACCUAUGAAGAUUGUGAACCAACACCUAUCCCAAGGGUUGCAUGGGUCACGUUCAUUAAGCAUCAAAUACAAAGAAACAAAGUGGGACUACAUGGACAAUGUUGCAAAACAUUUAAAACGUUUUCUGUUACGUGCCCUAAUGAAUGCGAUUGUGAUUGGCCGUUUUGCUCGUUAAGCCUAGUGAAGUGAUUAGUGAAAAUUCUGAUUUGUUUCGGGGUGUCGGCAUUGAUUCCAAAAUUAUGGCUAAUCGAAAAAAACAAUUCAAGUGAUUUUUCCCAUUGCUAGGAGUUAUUGAUUUGGUUUGGUAGGAAUUUUUAUUGAUCGGGCUCCGUCAACAAAGCGAUUCUGACAACCUUGUGUUGGACUCAUUCCUAGUAUGAAGGUAGGGAGAACUAAAACAAGGACAGUGCAUUUCAUAGUCACGACAUCCUUUACCUAGCCUGGUUAAACCUGACUGAAUGCUAAGCCUACCUUUGUUUCCCAGGGAAGCAACCGGGAAACGUAGCUAAAUACCAGGCUAUCCCUUAUCCGCCAACCUCAAACCUGAAGACUGCAGAGACCAUCAGAGAUAAUAUUUCGUGUCCAGUUUGUGGAGUAAAUAUAGAGCUCAGGAAAGUCAGUAACUCAGUACUUAUAUAAGCCGCUACGGCUUUACUGUGCGUGGAUAGUUUUACACCUAGAACGUUGGAUAGUUUUACACCUAGAACGUUGGAUAGAUUUACACCUAGAACGUUGGAUAGAUUUACACCUAGAACGUUGGAAAGUUUUACACCUAGAACGUUGGAUAGAUUUACACCUAGAACGUUGGAUAGUUUUACACCUAGAACGUUGGAUAGUUUUAUACCUAGAACGUUGGAUAGAUUUACACCUAGAACGUUGGAUAGUUUUACACCUAGAAAGUUGGAUAGAUUUACACCUAGAACGUUGGAUAGAUUUACACCUAGAACGUUGGAUAGUUUUACACCUAGAACGUUGGGAUAGUUUUACACCUAGAACGUUGGGAUAGUUUUAUACCGAGAACGCUCAUCUUUUUCUAUCAAAUUGACUGAAUUUAGUGGUAGUGAUAUUUACAAUGUAGAGCUCUACCCUGAUUCACAUAUAUAUAUAUUUUAUAUACUCCUGUAUUAUAUGAACACAGUUCUACUGAAAUAAAACCUUCACUGUACCCAUAUUGAUUCAACAUUUCACUGUAAAUGAUGCAUCGGUUUGGUGGUUGAAUUAUUUCCGUUAAAUUACAAGGAAACAUUGUAUGUACUUUGCUAUUGUAUGUUUAGAGUUGCAAAUAAAAUCCUUUAAAAACA